AUGGCGUUGGGACCAACACAAGGACACCAAACUCAAGCUCGCGCAGCCGACUCCCUUCUUCAACUAGGAAAGCCCCAUGUCUUCGUCCUCGGCGGCCUCAGUUACCUCGGCCGCAACAUCAUCCCGGCCCUGGUCAAAGCCGGCUAUCGAGUCAAGUCCAUGGCCCCGACCAUUGAGCAGCGAGCAAAACUCAGGGACUUGGGGUGUUGCACAGUCGCCUACGGAAGCUCGUAUUCGUUUGAGGCUAUCAGGGCCGCGGCCAGAGGCAGCCUGUACGCUGUUCACUGCGCCUCUGCCUUCAUGCACUACGAUGCGUCCGAGGACGAUCUCAUGUACAAGUCCAACCAUCUCAUUGCCGUAAACUUGAUCAAGGCAUGCCGCAUUCUUCGCAUCGCCAAGCUCGUCGUGCAGAGCACGGAGGCCGUCCUGUACGACGGCAGACCCCUUCACAAUGUCGACGAGAAUUAUCCAUUCACGCUAAAUCCAAUCAGUUCAUGCGGACGAAGCAUGCAAGACAUCGAGGACCUCGUCCUUGCUGCAAACGGUCCAGAGCUACGCACUGUCAUUGUAAGACCAAGAUUGCUAUGGGGCCGCGAUGACGAAGCCUUUCUGCCCUCGCUACUACAAAACGCCCGAUCAGGUGCUCUUCGACUCGUCGGUGGGGGAGACUAUUUGAUAAGCACGUGCCACGUCGCAAACGCCUGCGAGGGAAUCAUCUGCGCCAUCUCAGAAGCCAAAGGGGGAGAGGUCUUUUUCUUGACGGACGGCCGUCCGGUUAAGUUUCGCGAAUUCGUCCGUGGGCUUUUGAAAGCAUCGGGAAUGCGCAAGGUUGAUCAAGUCACAGACAAAGCGAUCCCGUUUUGGUUGGCGCGCGCCCUGGCUCUUGUCUGCGAAGCUUUGGCGCGGAUAUCAGGGACGCAACCCCGCAUGACGCGUUCGGGUAUCGGCCUCAUCGGGCAGGAACUGACGUUUGUUGACGAGAGAGCUCGCAGAGAGUUGGGGUACAAAGCGAGUGUGAGUAUGGCCUGCGGGUUUGAUGAAGUUGAGGGCCGACGAGUAGCACUUCGCAAAGAGUCGCGUGGUGCAAACUCGUGA